UUUUUCCACCUUAAAACCACUCGUUUUCUUUUUCUUCAGAUAUUCUCGUUUGCUUAUCUCCAAAGCUAACCGUUACACUCUUAGACAUAGGUGAGAAAGAGGCGGGCAAACAAAUGGCUCCGAAAAACUUGUCAUUCAAGAUAAUCCUGGGUUCUUCCUCCAUGGCACGUCGGAAAAUUCUAGCUGACAUGGGUUAUGAUUUUACAGUUAUGACUGCUGAUAUUGAUGAAAAGAGCAUUAGGAAGGAUAAUGCGGAGGAAUUAGUGGUAGCUCUAGCAGAGGCAAAGGCAGAUGCUAUUAUGUCAAGGCUUGAAACAACUGAUCAUUUGGAGGAAAAUACUCAUCCCACUCUGUUGAUUACUGCAGACACAGUGGCGGUGUACCAAGGAAUUAUUAGAGAAAAGCCAUCAAGUAAGGAAGAAGCACGCCAAUUCAUCAAAAGCUACUCUGGUGGUCAAGCCACGGUUGUGGGAUCUGUUGUGGUGACCAACCUCACAAAGGGGAUAAGAAAAGGAGCUUGGGAAAGGUCAGAGGUAUAUUUCCAUGAGAUACCUGAUGAGGUCAUUGAUAGCCUGAUUGAGGAAGGAAUAAUACUUAAUGUUGCUGGUGGUUUAAUGCUUGAACAUCCACUGACGUUGCCCUUUGUUGAUACUGUGAUUGGAACUGCUGAUCAUGUCAUGGGACUCCCAAGAAGUCUCACUGAAAAGCUUAUUCAAGAAGCACUCUAGCUGCUGGGAGCCCACCAAAUGAAUAUCCUUACGAUCACUCUUAGUCUUCCUAAAACUCACUCUUUGCAAAAGAUUACUCUCUCUAGAUUUUUGAAUUUAUAAAAUUGUCUUUCUGAAGUGAAGGUUUGGAACAUGCCAAAAGGAAAAACUUGCUUCCAUCCCAUAAAGAAAGUUACUUCGCAAAUAUCGUCUUUUUCACUUGCUUUAUUGAACAUAUGGAUGUUGUAGUUAAUCUUUAAUACUCAAAAUAUUACUAAAUUAUUAUUCUUAUGCCUUAUAUUACUAAUUAUAGGAUUGUACCCUA